AUGACAUUACUUUCUCAAAUUAGCAUUUCUUCAAAUGACAGUUUUAAACAUAAUCAAAUUUCAAUUAAUGAUAUUGAAUUAACUGCAAGUAUUCAAGAAUCAAAUCAAUCUAGAAGCUCACUGGGAGAAGAAAGAGAAGGUUUUUUAAGUGGUGUUCGUGAGGAAACACGAGAAAAUAGUUAUCGCAUCUUUUUUCUUCGUGUGUUUUUGAUCACGAUAUUGUUAGCAAUAAUAAUUUUAUGUAUAAUAUUAUUAAUAAAUCCACCAAACGGUAGAAAAGAAAAAUCGACAACUUUUUUCAAUGGAACUCAUGAAUUUAAUCCAACAGUAAUAUUGAUAUCAUUUGAUGGAUUUAGAUGGGAUUAUUUGGAUAGAAAUAAAACCCCUACUAUACAAAAAUUUAUCGAUAAUGGAAUCAGAGCUAAAUAUCUUGAGCCCGUAUUUCCGUCUGUAACAUUUGCUAAUCAUUAUACAAUUGUCACCGGACUUUAUCCUGAAUCACAUGGAAUUGUGGGAAAUGAAUUUUAUGAUCCUGAUUUAAAUGAUGACUUUUAUUAUACAAAACCUGAAAAAAGUUUUGAUUCUAAAUGGUGGGGCGUUAUACAAAAUCAAAAAUCAGCAGUUUCAAUGUGGGUUGGUGGGAGUUCAGUAAUUAAAGGAUAUAGGCCAACUUACAAUAUGCCAUAUAGUGGCAACGUUUUACCAGAAGAAAAAGUCAAUCAAGUGAUCGAUUGGUUAGAUUUAGAAAAAGAACAAAGACCUACUUUUAUUACUGCAUAUAUGAAUCAUGCAGAUGCCGCAGGCCAUUUAUUUGGUCCAUUUUCUAAAGAACUUGAUCAAACACUUGGAAUUCUUGAUAAUAUGAUUGCUGAUUUACUUUCAAAAUUGUCUUCUCGUAACUUAACUGAUAUUGUUAAUAUCAUAAUUGUUAGUGAUCAUGGAAUGGCACAAGUGAUACCAUCAAAUAUUAUAUAUUUAGAUAAUUUUUUUGAUAUUACAAAAGUUCGGGUAUUUGAAGGAUACCCAUUAGCUGGAAUAAGACCAUAUAAUGAUUCUGAUAUACCGGAAAUUUAUUCGUCGUUAGUAGAGGCCAGUGAAAAUCAAUUAUGGAAUUGUUAUUUAAGAGAAGAGAUUCCUGAAAGAUAUCAUUAUCGCAAUUCAAAACGCAUAGCUCCAAUAUUUUGUAUACCGCCUGUUGGUUGGGUGCUAACAUCUCAUCGUGAUUUUGCAGUGUUGCACAAUGGUUCUCAUGGUUAUGAUAAUCAGGCACCUGAAAUGAGAGGAAUAUUUUUGGCAUCUGGUCCAUACUUUAAAGAAAAAUUAUCCAAGUUAAAUACCAAUGUAGUUGAUCCAUUUUCAAAUCUCGAGGUUUAUAAUAUUGUUGCAAAUGUUUUGAAUCUUGAACCUGCUCCAAAUAAUGCAAAUUCACUUGAACGUAUACUUAAUAAGGGUGUCGAAAGAGAAAGUGUGACUGGUAAAGAAAUUGCAAUUUAUCGCUAUGAUUUACAGGCUAUACUUUCUCAAAUAACGAAGAAUUGUCCAUCAAAAUGCAAAACAAGGGCCCAAGAUUAG